GGGGGACGUGGUGACUGGGAUGUUUCCGGAAAAGGUUGGAUCAGAUGCACAGASAGUCAUAGAAGAGACCUGCGAGGAAGGUGCUGCUGUUGUGAGGGACCCAGGAUUUGCCUCUGGUUACUUCUCCUACCUUUUGUCAAGGAUGGAUUUCAACAAAUGUCUUUACGAUAUUGGGGAACAACUGGGCAGCKAUGAGUUGUCCUCCCUCAAGUUCUUAUGUCUGGAAUAUAUCCCACAAAAGAAGCAGGAGCCCAUCAAGGAUGCCUUGAAGCUAUUCCAGACACUUCAGGAAAAGGGAAUGUUGGAGGAAAACAAUCUGUCCUUCUURAAGGAGUUGCUUUUCCGAAUUAAUCGACUGGACCUGCUGACCACUAUCCUGAAUACCAGCAAGGAGGAUAUGGUGUGGGAACUUCAGAUUCCUGGCAAGGCCCAGAUUUCUGCCUAUAGGGUCAUGCUUUUUCAGAUUUCAGAAGAUGUAAACAAACUGGAAUUGRAGUCUUUUAAGUUUCUUUUGAGCAAGGAUAUCUCCAAGUGUAAGCUGGAUGACGACAUGAGCUUGCUCGACAUUUUCAUAGAGAUGGAGAAGAAGCUCAUCCUAGGAAAGAGAAACCUGGGAACCCUGAAAAAUAUCUGUGAACAAAUCAACAAGAGCCUGCUGAAGAUCAUUGAGAAUUAUGAAGAAUUAAGCAGAGAGAGAAGAAUGAGUCCUGAAAGAAGAACAGAUUCACUUUCAAAUGGGGUGGAGUCCUUGAGGAUGUUGACAUUGUCGGACUCUCCAGGAGAACAGGACAGUGACUCACAGACAUCAGACAAAGUUUACCAAAUGAAAAACAAACCUCGGGGAUACUGUUUGAUCUUCAACAACUAUGAUUUUAGCAUGGCACGGAAGGAUAUGCCCAAGCUCCACAACAUUAAGGAUAGGAAAGGAUCAGAUUUGGAUGAAGAGGCUUUGAGCAAGACCUUUAAGGAGCUUCAUUUUGAAAUAGUAUGUUACAAAGAUUCUACAGCCAAGGAAAUCUGUGAAGUUCUAAAAUUCUACCAAAGUGAAGACCACAAUAAUAAAGAUUGUUUCAUCUGCUGUAUCCUCUCGCAUGGAGACGAGGGCAUAAUCUAUGGCACUGAUGGACAGAAGGUCUCCAUCUUUGAGCUGACCUCUUAUUUCACUGGUUCAAAGUGCCCUUCCCUUGCUGGGAAACCUAAAGUCUUUUUUAUUCAGGCUUGUCAAGGGGAUAACUACCAGAAAGGUGUACUUGUUGAAACCGACUCAAAGCAGAAGGACCCCUACUUAGAGAUGGAUUUAUCAUUUCAAAAGAGUUAUAUCCCAGAUGAAGCUGACUUUCUGUUGGGGAUGGCCACUGUGAGCAACUGUGUUUCCUAUCGAAAUCCCAUGGAGGGAACCUGGUAUAUCCAGUCCCUUUGCCAGAGACUGAGAGAAAGAUGUCCUCGAGGCGAUGAUAUUCUCACCAUCCUGACUGAAGUGAACUAUGAAGUGAGCAAUAAGGAUGAUAAGAAGAACAUGGGGAAACAGAUGCCACAGCCCACUUUUACAUUAAGGAAAAAACUCUUCUUUCCUCUCGAUUGA